CGACACACUCCCGCCGGAAGUGAAACUGCUGUAGUGACGCUCGCGUCGUUCGUCUUGUUUAUCUUCUUCGAGAUGAAUGCUAGUCGACUUCGCCUAUAUUUAUUGAAUUCUCACUAAGUAACUAUCAUUUCGCCUAUGUUAGUGAGUUAUUAAGGUGUUUAGAGCGUGUUUGUUCCGGACAGCGGCCGUUAACGGGACUGUGUAAGGGUUUGUCGGGUGUCUUGGCCUGUGCUCACAUACGCUCGUACAGGCUGUUUUAUAUUUCACACAUCUAUCCUUUUAUUUCUCGGGAGUUUAGUGUCUUUAUUUAUAUUUGUGUAAUAUAUCAUGGCUGUUGUCAACGAAGGAGCUCUUAAAAAGAUGCUGAAGCAAUAUAAAUACAGAGAUCUGACUGUCCGAGAGAUAACAAACGUCAUCUCUCAGUACAAAGACCUCAAACCAGUUAUGGAUGCAUACGUGUUUAAUGACGGAUCAUCCAGAGACUUGAUGAGCCUCACAGGAACUGUUCCAGUUAGUUAUAGAGGGAACGUGUACAACAUCCCUGUGUGCUUGUGGCUGCUGGAUACGUAUCCCUACAAUCCGCCGAUAUGUUUUGUGAAGCCCACCAGUGCGAUGAUGAUCAAGACCGGCAAACACAUCGACGCCAACGGCAAGAUCUACCUGCCCUACCUGCACGAAUGGAAACAUCCUCAGUCGGAUCUGUACGGGCUCAUCCAGGUCAUGAUCGUGGUGUUUGGUGAAGAGCCGCCCGUGUUCUCCAGACCCACCACACAACCUCCUUACCAGGCCUUCCAAGCGGCCGGACCCCCGAAUCAGUCCUAUAUGCCAGGAAUGCCGGCGGUAUCUCCCUACGGGCCCAACCCAAACCCUUGUGGUUACCCAGGUUACCCUUACCCAGGAGGCAAUGCUUAUCCUGCCACAGGCGGUCCAGCACAUUACACGUCCCAGACUCCCGUCACUACCGUGGGUCCAAGUCGUGAUGGCACCAUCGGCGAGGACACCAUUCGAGCAUCGCUGAUCUCAGCCGUGAGCGACAAACUGCGCUGGAGAAUGAAAGAGGAGAUGGACAGAGCGCAAGCCGAGCUGGACGCCCUGAAGAGAACCGAGGAAGAUCUGAAGAAAGGACACCAGAAGCUGGAAGACAUGGUGUCCCGCCUGGACCAGGAAGUGGCUGAGGUGGACAGAAAUAUUGAGCUACUCAAGAAGAAGGACGAGGAACUGAGCGAAGCUCUGGAGAAGAUGGAGAACCAGUCGGAAAACAACGACAUCGAUGACGUGAUCAUCCCAACGGCCCCGCUCUACAAGCAGAUCCUGAACCUGUACGCGGAGGAGAAUGCCAUAGAGGACACCAUCUUUUACUUGGGAGAAGCCCUGCGCAGGGGAGUCAUCGACCUGGAGGUCUUCCUCAAGCAUGUGCGUCUGCUGUCCCGGAAACAGUUCCAGCUGCGAGCGCUCAUGCAGAAAGCCCGAAAGACGGCCGGACUCAGUGACCUUUACUGACCUCGCGCUCCCGCUCGGAUCGCACGUGCCAGACUCGGAUCUAGUCGCUCUGUGGUGGUAUGUCAGUGGGGAGUUCAGCCCGUUUUACGAUCUUUUACUUCUGUGAGAGUUUUAGCUACUGUACCUGCUUUUAUUUUCUCGAUUUGGAAGAGGCAAAAUGGGUAUGACAUUUAAACUCUGAAAGGUAAAAACUAGAGCAGAGCGUUAGAAGCAAAUGAGACGUCAUAGACUUCGUUCCUUCUUUCAUUUGAGCUUCUCGCGUUAAACCGGCAGGCGUUCGGGUCUUCGGCUUUAGAUACUACUGUUACUAACCGUACAAAGCGAAAACUUCUAAAAUGCGCAGGAAGCGUGUGAGGAAACGCUCUCAAAUGUGGAUAGCAACUUGUGUUUUCAUUCAGGCACCGUUACGAAGAUGUUGUCAUACCAUGGGAAUCUCACAGGAAAAUUCGCCUCAAAAUAAAUAAAAUAUUUUCUGCUGAAAAUUACGAAGGAUUAUUAAGAUUUUUUUUACAUUGUGUAAAGUAUUAGGGACAUUUAAGUUAAAUUUAGGUGCAUUUCACUCCCGAAAAUAAUAGGAAAUAAGUCAAUACUGUAAUACAGUAAUAAAAAUAAUCCAGUCCAAACAUAGUUUUAUAUUAAAACCAGCACAAAUUGCAUUUUGUUAAACAGGUUCUAUAUUUGAAAUAUAUUUUAGAAUUACAUUUUUCUUUACAGUGAGAAUUUGACUUGAGGGAAAUGGGCUUUAUCAUGAUGCAAAACAAUUUUUCUGCAUGUUUUCUUUACUCAAAAUAACCUAUUAGCCUAUUAUCAUUAAUAGCCUAUUCAUUUCUUUUUGGAUUUUGGGGUGAAAUAUAUAAUUUAUCGACAGCUUCUGUGAGAUUCACCCAAUUUAUGGAGAAGAGUGACAACUUAUGGUUCCGUAUUUCAAUUCUAUGUUGCCGAAUUUAUUAUUUAUCUCAUUGCAGUUCCAGAUUUAUUGGUAUGUUGUUACAAAUGUAUAUCAUUUCGCUGUACAAAGUUUGGUUUGUGACUAAUAAUGUUUGAAACCUGAAAAGCUAUAAACUGUACUGUACUUUUCUUUCAAAAGUCAAAAGAAAUGAGCAUUUCUUACUCGUUGCAUUUCAGUCGUUUGUUUUAAUGCACUUUUGGGAGGUGAAUUAGAUUUUUAAGUCUCGAGCUGUUUCUUACUGAGACUUUACCCCCUUAUCUGCUAAUAUUUGUUCUUAUUUGUACCAGGCUGUAGAUUAUGAUGUUGGCCAGAUCAAUAAAAGAACAUGAUCUUGAAUCAUGAUAGAUUUGUGAA